UGCAACAAAUUGCAAUUUUUGAAAAAAAUCUAGUCAUUUAAAAUUAGCAGCAAGGGGCUUCCAUACUUUGGGUUUAUGUCUGGGUUAUAGAAAAACAUCUAAAACGUUUUUAAAAUGAGGAGAAAAGCCAGGGUGAAAAAGACCUCACAGGGAGUUGUACGACAUAGUGCUUCCACCUGUUUUAUAACUGAAGAGAAAACACUUUUAGGUGGGAUGAAACAGCCGGAUAAUCUCUCCAAAAAUCCAGCUGGAAGAGGUCUUGGAAAAGCCGGAGCCAAGCGUCUGGGCCGGCUACUGAAACGGGUCAUUCAGCCCAAGGAGGAGCCGGCAGGAAAAGGAAAAGCUACUUUGCCAAAGACUCCUGUCCGUCUUUUCAAGCAUCAGAUUGAAACAAAGGCUAAUAUUGCACCCAAGGAAAAAUCCACAAAGCAGAUUUCCAAAGUCAUCCUCAGCGUAGUCUCCCAGUGCAAACACAGAGGUGGUAUCUCCAUGACCGAGCUAAAGCAGACACUGGCUGCUGAAGGCUACAAUGUUGCAAAGAAAAAUCGUCAGAUUAACACAGUGACGGAGCGGCUGGUCAACGAGACUCUGGUACGAACUACGAGAAACACCUCAUUCAAACUCAACAAUAAGAAAGUAAUGGAAACGCCAACAGCAGAGGUGAACACAGAAAAAUCUCCGAAGCCCACAUGGAAGCUGAGGGGGAAGACUGCAGCCACCAAAUCACCUGAAGGAGCAACCAGGUCACAGAAAAAAGACAGAAAGACGCAAAAAGCAAGAGACAGAACACAAAAACUGAAAGGAAGUACCGGCAGAGCAGCAGUAAAGUCCCAGAAACAAAGACCGGCACGUAAAUCCAGAGAAAACCCCCGAAAACCAGCCAGGAAGAAACCCCAGCUGGCAAAGAACCGAACCAUACAAGUUCAGAGGCCACCAGCAAAGGCUAAAAGAACACAGAGACAACCAAAGCAGGUCAAAUCUUCUCAGAGGGGACAACCACAAAGACGUCCUAAAAGGUUGCAGAUGCAGCACCGUCAGAACACCAGAAGAGCCUAGACACGCUUAAGAUUGGCAAUAAAUCACAAUAUUUUUAGCAACAUGAAA